AUGGCGACUUCAACGAACCAUACUCGACGAAAAAACAGAAAAUUGGUGAUUGUCGGGGAUGGAAUGUGUGGAAAAACGAGUUUGCUAUUCGCUUUUCGAGACGGACAGUUCCUUCAAACGCACGAACCAACAGUUUUCGAAACUUACCCAGUUGAUGUUCAAGUCGAUGGAAACAUUGUUAAUUUAGUUAUCUUCGAUACAGCCGGCCAAGAAGAUUAUGCUCGACUUCGCGCAUUGUCUUACGCUGAUACUAACAUCGCACUUGUAUGUUUUAGUGUUGAUAGUCCUGUGUCAGCCAUGAGCGUAAUUGAAAACUGGAUGCCCGAAGUACGAGAGUUUUGUGGACGUUGCCCAGUCAUUCUAGUCGCGUGUAAAAUUGAUCUUCGAACAGAUACUCAAGUAAUUGAGUUGCUGCGACGUGAAGAUGAAACUCCCGUUACAACUGAAACGGGCAAACAGAUUGCUGCACGAAUCAAAGCAGAUGCAUAUAUAGAAUGUUCAGCGCGAACUGGUGAAGGUGUUCAAGAACUAUUCCAACAUGCUGCUAAAAUAACGUGUAAAAAACACUCUCGAAAAUCAUCUGAUCAACGAUGUACUUUACUUUGA